AUGCCGACUAGAUGGUGCUGUUGCGGAACAGAGUAUUCAAUUUCCCCGUCUCCCUAUCUUUGGGGACUUUCAUCAAACACAUUGAGCGCGCUUCAAAUCUCAAUCGUCAAUGCCUCCCACUUCGACACCGUAAAUCCUCUACAGAAACAACAAGUCCAGCUCUAUAUCGACGCUCUUCUCGAUUGGAACCACAAGAUGAAUCUUACUGCGGUUAAAGAGGCAAGUGAUGUUAUGGAUAGACACAUUGAGAAUUCGCUUUCCAUUAUACCCCCAAUUCAGAGCUCAUAUAUUUUGCAUUGUGAAUCUUCAUUUGAAAACCUCAAUCAUGUAGACGUGGGAAGUGACGUGGGACUUCCUGGAUUAAUAUUAGCCAUUGCUUGCCCUGGAACGGCUGGAAGAAUACGUUGA